AUGCGGUUUGUGUGCACUGUGGGUCCGGCAUUCGCAGCCGGGAAGCCUCUGCCCAAGGACGGCCUGUGCACGCUGGUUUUCUUCGACUCGGUCUACGCUGGUGGCAGCAGCGGUCUGGGCCCCACCGGCCUCGCUGGGAAUGUCAUGGCGUUCCUCGAGUGGGCGAUGAGCAGUGCAGGAGGAACCACGCAGUUCGGCGUUUCCUUGGCCAUAGAUGACCAAAACCUUGAACAUCAGUUCAAGACGAAACGUUUUGAAAGCGGUCUGAGCUGGAUCUUGGGGCAAGGAAUCGCUAACUUCGGCUUCCUCAAUGCCUAUCUAAGCUAUAGUUCACCGGCGCAUAUCACCGUGGCCCUCAAUGUACUCAAGACAAUCGACGACUACCUCAAGCUGAGGAACAUCCGCACCAGUAGUACAGUGAUGGCUCUGGGCGUGGCCCCUGUUUACCCAAAAGAGUUCAGCUCCUACGUUGAACUCAUGAAAUAUGCAACUCACAAUCGCCACAAGGACUGCAGUUCAACUACGUGUACAACAAGUUUUUAUAUGUGGCCCAGUCUUACGAUAAGGCGUCAAGAAAAACGUCCACAUUCGAAAGCGAAGAGACGCUCAUCGCCAAGGUCUGUACCAUCAAGGAGGCAGCCUUGGCACUAGACUUCAACAUCGCGGCGUAUGACAUAGAAAGGGACUCGCCAGAACCCGUGUGCAAUGCCCUUACACUCAAAGGAAGCUAUGCGCGUCUCUCGGUGUUGGAGAAACUUAAUAGGUUCGUCGCUGUCAACUACAAGACGGCAAUGCACAAAACGGAAUGCUUUACAUAUGCGAAAUCCUCAACAUUCUAAUGCUUCUAUCGCUUUCACCAUAUUUUCUUUGGGCCAAUAGUGAUUUGCUGUAGACUAGCCUAAUGCGCAGCUUUCCGUCGCUAUAUUUAUUAGGCAUAAUGGUUUUCCGCUUUAGGAAGCGGCUUGGAAUAGAAUUCAAAUAAAGUAAUACACAUCAGUGUGAGUGCAUUUUUGGUUUAUUCAGGUUCAUUUACACAAAUCUGAAUAUUGCAUUCAUUGCGUAUUCGAAAAGCAAGAUAUCAAAGCGCUGCUCCUAAUGACACCUGCACCGCAUAAGGAACAGUUCAACAGUACAAGGCAAGAAAAACUGGAUGCAUCAAAAACACGGCAUAAUGGAAAGUGCACGGGGCAAAAAAUAAUGUAACGAUUGUGUUCCUAAUUUUACUUUAUAUUUAACUUUCUGUCAGUUGUGGGGGCUCGCUUCAUUUUUGUACAAGAAUAGAUAGCCGCUGAU